CGUCCCGGUCCGCUGCCUCUACAGCCCAGGGUGCCCGCCCGUCUGCGCACCAGUCGGGCCAGUGGGAGCGAGGCUCUCCCCUCCCCCGCCCCACCACCACACGGCUUGCUGCCCAUUUCAAGAAGGGAGCAGCGACCUUUCCCUUUCCGCGUCCCCACCUGGCCGUGACUCGCCCAUCCCAGGACAGGUUCCUAUGGUGAGAAGGAGGAGCAGAAGCCGCGAUUGGGGGCCGCCGGCGCCUCCUGUCUGGCCAGGCGGCGGCGGUGACAGGAGGAGGAGGAGCUGCGCCGGCGGAGCGGAACUGGAGCGGCUGCCCGCGAACAUGGCGGCGGCGGAACAGCAGCUUUCGGAAGCCUCAGCCGUCGUCGCUCCUCUCCCGCUCAGUAGCGGCGGCGGGAGCAGCGGCGGCGGCGGCGGUGGCGGCUCUGGGUCUGUGCCGGUGCUCUUUUGCUUUUCGGUCUUCGCCAGACCUUCGACGGUGCCACACGGCUCCGGCUACGAGAUGCUAAUUCAGAAGUUCUUGAACCUCUACGGGGACCAGCUCGACAUGCACCGCAAGUUCGUGCUGCAGCUCUUCUCCGAGGAGUGGAGCCAAUACAUCGACCUGCCCAAGGGCUUCCUGGUGAACGAGCGGUGCAAAUUGCGCCUCGUGCCCUUGCAGAUACAGAUAACUACAUUGGGCAAUCUUACACCAUCGAGCACUGUGUUUUUCUGUUGUGAUAUGCAAGAAAGAUUCAGACCUGCUAUCAAGUAUUUUGGAGAUAUUAUCAGCGUAAGCCAACGAUUGCUUCAAGGUGCACGGAUUUUAGGCAUCCCAAUCAUUGUAACUGAACAGUAUCCUAAAGGUCUUGGAAACACCGUACAAGAAAUUGACUUAACUGGAGCUAAACUUGUUUUACCUAAAACAAAGUUUUCUAUGGUCUUGCCUGAAGUUGAGGCUGCUAUAGCAGAGAUACCUGGAAUCCGCAGUGUUGUUUUAUUUGGAGUAGAAACUCAUGUAUGCAUUCAGCAGACAGCCCUGGAAUUAAUUGGCAGAGGUUUGGAAGUUCAUAUUGUGGCUGAUGCAACCUCUUCAAGAAGUAUGAUGGAUAGAAUGUUUGCUCUGGAGCGCCUUGCUCGCACUGGGAUUAUUGUUACCACUAGUGAAGCUGUAUUGCUGCAGCUGAUAGCUGACAAAGAUCAUCCCAAAUUCAAAGAAAUCCAGAACCUCAUUAAAGCAAGUGCUCCAGAGUCGGGACUUCUUUCUAAAGUAUAAAUACUCUUAAAAGAAUUUGACAGAGGAAAAUGUUAUGAAUACAUAAAUACACUCUCUCACAUGCAGAUGUAUAAUCUCUCAUACACGCCUAUCAAUUGAUGUAUUUUGCUUGCCUUAGCAGAGUUUGUUAUAUUAUGCUUUUCAAGUGCUGGUAUAUUUUAUAGUUAUAGCUCUUUGAGUCUUGGAGUACUGUAGGGUCAUCUUUUCAGAACAAAGGUUAAAUUAGAGGUACAUGUUUGUCAGUAUUGUACCCACUGAUUGUAAUUUAACUCCUCAAACACAACCCCUGUAUUUUUGUGAAACCUUUUUGACUGAAUGAAUAAAUGUACUGUGGAAUUGUUUUACUUUUCGUAUAAUCAAUGAGUAACAUAGAUAAAUGUGUUAAUUAUAUUUUAACAUUCUAUGAAUGAAACAGUAUUUUAAAUGAAACAGGAUAUAGAGAAGAUGGUUGCUUAAUCAUUAGAGAAGGCAAUAAUAUUAAUGCAUAAUUAUUUGUGAUAUAGCUAGGGUGAUUCUUAAUUAUUCAGGAUUUUAUUAAAUGCUGUUGCAAAAUCAUUUAUUGUAAGUUUUUAACUGGAAAAUUGUAUAAUGUUCACUUCCAAAUCCCAAGCAGUUCUGUCAGUUUGUUAAUGGAAAUAUAUGAGAGAUUGAUGACACUGAAGUAGGAUAUUUUAUUUUACUUUUAAAUAUUCAGAAGAAGAUGCUCAAGCUUCUCAUUUCCAAAUGUUGAAAUAACUUCUUUCAGGAUGUGUUGAGGGAUUUAUUUUUAAUCCCUGAAUGUAUAGAUUUAAUGAACUCCAUCUGGUUUCUGCAUUAAUUCUGGUAAAUUAAAGAUUUAGUAAAACCUGCAUCAGUUUUAUGCUGCAUUUUGAAAUACAGAUGCUGAAUACUGUUUUAAAAAAAGGCUGAUUUAAUAGAGUGUUUUGAUGUACUGUUUUAUAGCUAGAAAUAAAUUUGAGUAAUCCUG